GUUCCUGGAGAAGACAAAUGACCAUUGCCCUUACCAAAGUCAUUUGAGUUACCCUAUGGGUCACAGAAUCUAAUUACUGGGAAACUUUUUAAGAAUCACUGCAAACGAUAAAGCAAACCCAGGCACACAUAAAAUUGGAAAGAUGGAUAAAGAAAACCACACAGUGGUGACUGAGUUUAUCUUUACGGGCAUCACUCAAGACCCUCAGCUGCAGAUCAUCUUCUUUGUGGUCUUCCUCUUGGUCUACCUGGUCAACGUGGUGGGGAAUGUUGGUAUGAUUAUCCUGAUCAUAACAGACACUCAGCUUCACACACCCAUGUACUUCUUCCUCUGCAACCUCUCCUUUGUCGACCUGGGCUACUCCUCAGCCAUUGCCCCCAGGAUGCUGGCUGACUUCCUAGCAAAGCACAAAAUCAUCUCCUUCUCCAGCUGUGCCACCCAGUUUGCUUUCUUUGUAGGUUUUGUGGAUGCCGAGUGCUAUGUCCUGGCUGCCAUGGCCUAUGACCGUUUCGUGGCCAUCUGUCGACCCCUCCACUACAGCACUCUCAUGUCCAAGCGAGUCUGCUUGGCUCUUGUGCUGGGUUCUUACCUGGCUGGUCUGGUGAGUUUAGUCGCCCACACUUCCCUCACCUUCAGUUUGAGUUACUGUGGUUCCAAUAUCAUCAACCACUUCUUCUGCGAAAUCCCACCGCUCCUAGCCCUCUCUUGCUCAGACACCUACAUCAGCGAGAUCUUGCUCUUUAGUUUGUGUGGCUUCAUUGAAUUCAGCACCGUCCUCAUCAUCUUCAUCUCCUACGCCUUCAUCCUCAUCGCCAUCAUCAGAAUGCGCUCCGCUGAAGGCCGCCUUAAGGCUUUCUCCACCUGUGGGUCUCAUCUCACUGGCGUCACACUUUUCUAUGGCACAGUCAUGUUCAUGUACCUGAGGCCAACAUCCAGCUACUCCCUGGAUCAAGACAAAUGGGCCUCUGUGUUCUAUACUGUUAUCAUCCCCAUGUUGACUCCUUUGAUCUACAGUUUACGAAACAAGGAUGUGAAAGCUGCUCUCAAAAAACUAACUGGAAAAAAACCUCAAUAAAAACAAAAAAGGGAAAAAUCUGUUAUUACUACAUGUAAAUAAUAGUGGCAGAAAGAUGGUGUCAGAAGGUGGGAAAUGCAAACAACUUUCCAAUAAACACUACUCAAGUUACCAGCUACCUGCUGCGUCAAUCUUAAUUUUUUUUAACUGAGGUAGA